AUGGACGGCGCGCCGGGCGCCGCCUUCGCCCUGGACAAGCCGGCGCUGGGCCCGGGGCCGCCGCCGCCCGCGCUGGGGCCGGCCGACUGCGCCCAGGCGCGCAAGAACUUCACGGUGAGCCACCUCCUGGACCUGGAGGAGGUGGCGGCGGCCGGGCGGCUCGCGGCGCGCCCCGGGGCCCGGGCCGAGGCGCGGGAGGGCGCGGCGCGGGAGCCGUCCGGGGGCAGCAGCGGCAGCGAGGCGGCGCCGCAGGAAGGCGAGUGUCCCAGCCCCGGGCGCGGUGGCGCCAGCAAGCGGAAGAAGAAGCAGCGGCGGAACCGCACGACGUUCAACAGCAGCCAGCUGCAGGCGCUGGAGCGCGUGUUCGAGCGCACGCACUACCCCGACGCCUUCGUGCGCGAGGAGCUGGCGCGGCGCGUCAACCUCAGCGAGGCGCGCGUGCAGGUCUGGUUCCAGAACCGCAGAGCCAAGUUCCGCCGCAACGAGCGGGCCAUGCUGGCCAGCCGCUCCGCCUCGCUGCUCAAGUCCUACAGCCACGAUGCGGCCAUCGAGCAGCCCGUGGCGCCCAGGCCCACCGCGCUCGGCCCCGAGUACCUCUCCUGGACCACCUCCGCCCCCUACAGCACGGUGCCAUCCUACAGCCCCGGAGGCGCGGGCCCCACGCCCUCGGGCGUCAACAUGGCCAACAGCAUCGCCAGCCUCCGGCUCAAGGCCAAGGAGUUCAGCCUCCACCACAGCCAGGUGCCCACGGUGAACUGACAGCGGCGGGCACGGUGCCCGGGACAGGCCCUGCCUUCCGUCGGACGCCCGGCCCCGGCGCCGCCCGCGAGACCCCUGCCCUGCCCGGCCGGCGGAUGUCUCGGGCCCGAAGGUGGGGCGGAGCUCCCCAAGGACACCUCUCACUUCGUGUAUGAAAACCCCCGACGCUUUGGUC